AAUUCAACACUUUCUUGGAAAACAAUACAUUUUCUUUACUAACUCCAAUUAAUGGUCUUACUUAAGAAACCACUUCUAUUUAUAUACUCAUAUAGAUCAAAGCAUUCACUGCCUAUCCAAAAGUCAAUUAAUCAUAAAUAUCAUUGAGUGAGUGAAAAGAGAGAAAAAAGAUGGAGUCAACUGGUUGUGAAGAAAUGCACGAAAUAGUCAUAGUGGGUGGUGGCCUUUGCGGUCUUGCCACAGCUCUUGCUUUGCACAAAAAAGGGGUAAAGUGUGUGGUAUUAGAGAAAUCAGAAACAUUAAGAGCAGCAGGAGCGGCUAUAGGUGUCUUGCCUAAUGGAUGGAGGGCACUUGAUCAGCUUGGUGUUGCUUCUCACCUUAGAACUACUGCUCUUCCUCUUCAAGGGACACGAAUGACAUGGACCGAUAAGGGCAAAGAACAAUACACACCAAACAAGAAUAUUGGGGAGGUUCGGUGUCUGAAAAGGAGCGAUAUAGUUGAAACAUUUGCUGACGCUUUGCCUCCGAAGACUAUAUGUUUUGGAUGUGACAUUGUGUCCAUAGAAAUGGAUCCUCUAACUUCAUUACCGUGUCUUCUACUUUCUAAUGGAAAGCGUAUUCGUGCUCAGAUUUUGAUCGGAUGUGAUGGAUCGAGGUCAAUAGUGGCAAGUUACCUUGGGUUAAAGUCUGCAAAAACAUUUCGAACUUCUGCAAUCCGGGGUUUAACCAGUUAUCCCAAUGGUCACUCGUUUCCUCUAGAAUUUGUCCGCCUCAUAACUGGCAAAACCGCAGUUGGGAGACUACCAAUCACUGAUAAGUUGGUCCACUGGUUUAUUGGUGUUCAACAGGGAACAGAUGCCAAGUUCCCACAAGAUCCAGAACUUAUCAAACAAAGAGCUCUUGAGGCAGCAAGUGGUCAUCCAGCUGAUGUACAAGAAAUGAUAGAAAGAUGUGACCUGGAUUCUCUAUCUUUCACUCACUUGAGAUAUCGCGCACCAUGGGACUUGAUCCUUGGAAAUUUUCGUGAAAAAACAGUAACGGUUGCUGGGGAUGCAAUGCAUGUAAUGGGUCCAUUUAUUGGGCAGGGAGGUUCAGCAGGAAUAGAAGAUGCAGUGGUUCUUGGAAGAAACUUGGCAAAGACAUUAAUGAAUGGAAGUGGAAAAGUUGAAGAGGCACUGGAUCAGUAUGUAAAAGAGAGGAGAAUGAGGGUGGUAAAACUGGCAACACAAUCUUAUCUAACUGCCCUUCUUGUUGAGAAUAGACCAAUGCUGAUAAAAUUUGUUGUCAUAGCUGUUAUGGCAGUUUUCUUCAGAAACCCAAGUGCUCAUACUGGAUAUGAUUGUGGUCUCCUUUGAUAGCAAGUGUUUAGCCUGAAUUUUUAUUUUAUAUUUUUGAUUAUAGAAUCUGCAUUUGUAUCCAUCUUUUGAAAUCAUUUGUCGAUGUACAGAUAGAUAUAUAUGUUGAUUUUUGUAUAUCCUCAUAGUGUAGAAAAUCUUCUGAAAGAUUUGAUCUUUGUUAUCUAUUAUUUUCCAGUCAA